GCGAGAGCGCAGAGGAAGGAACCUCAACCAGCCGUCAAACAACCGGCCUCGUUCUUAAUAACAGCUAUAAGCCCCAUCACCAAAUAUCACCCAGAAAUGUCUACCAGAACUCCGUAAUAAGAAAAUGCGCCUUUCAAUCGGCUCCAGCUGAAACAAUUCAAUUUGUGCUCUCUCGCCAGCAACCAGAAUGAAUGUCAGUGCCGACUCUCUCUCUACUACCAACUCCUAUCUCAUCUGUAACAACUGUCAAAAAGUGAUCAGGAAAAAGGAAAAGGGAAUGAAGGUCCCUCGUCCACUCACCAGUGGCCCCAGCUCCUUCAUUCCAGAGAAUGAGAUUGUAGAAGCCACGCCCGUGGACAGCCACACCAUCCUGCUGCUGGCAGAGGAGUACUCCACGAGCGGGCGCGUGGACCACCUGACGCAGGUGAUGGCUCUGCACCCGCACUAUCUGGAGUCCUUCCUGAGGAGCCAGUUCUACCUGCUGCGGAUGGACGGACCCCUGCCCCUGCACUACCGCCACUACAUCGCUAUCAUGGCGGCGGCGAGGCACCAGUGCUCGUUCUUGGUGAAGAUGCACGUUCAGGAGUUUUACCAGAUGGGCGUGUGCGUGGAGUGGCUCAACGGACUGCAGUACGCUCCCCAGCGGCUGAGGAACCUCAACGAGAUCAAUAAGCUCCUGGCGCACAGACCCUGGCUCAUCACCAAGGACCACAUACAGAAUCUGGUGAAGACGGGAGAGAACAGCUGGUCUUUAGCAGAGCUGGUCCAUGCAGUCGUGCUUCUGGCCCAUUUCCACGCCCUGGCCAGCUUCGUCUUUGGCAGUGGCAUCAACCCCGAACCAGACGGGGAGAACACCAACACUUUCCAGCAAAUGGGAGUCAGCAACGUGUGCUCGUGUGACCUGGCCAAUGACAACAGCCUGGAGGAGGUCCCGUUUAGCAGUCCCUCCCUUGGGACGGCGGACUCGGUGAGCGAGCUGGAGGCUCUGAUGGAGAGGAUGAAGAGGCUGCUGGAGGACAGGGAGGAUGAGGAGGCUUCGCAGGAGGAGAUGGCCACGCGCUUUGAGAAGGAGAAGAAGGAGAGCCUUCUAGUGGGGUCUGGAGGUUUCCAAGACCAAGUGGUGCCAUCAUCAAAAGUGUCUCGCUUUGUGGAGGAUGCCACCUUCGGCUACCAGGACUUUGCGAGGCAUGGAGAGGACAACCCACCAACCUUCAGAGCACAGGACUAUUCCUGGGAAGAUCACGGCUUCUCACUGGUCAACCGGCUGUACUCGGACAUUGGCCACCUCCUGGACGAGAAGUUCCGCACGGUGUACAACCUGACCUACUACAACAUGGCCACUCACGAGGAUGUGGACACCACCAUGCUGCGCCGGGCCCUGUUCAACUACGUGCACUGCAUGUACGGCAUCAGAUAUGAUGACUAUGACUAUGGGGAGGUCAACCAGCUUCUGGAGCGGAGUCUGAAGGUGUACAUCAAGACGGUGACCUGCUACCCAGAGAGGACCACGAGGCGCAUGUACGACAGCUACUGGCGCCAGUUCCGCCACUCUGAGAAGGUGCAUGUGAACCUGCUCCUGAUGGAGGCGCGUAUGCAGGCCGAGCUCCUCUACGCCCUGCGUGCCAUCACCCGCUACAUGACCUGAGCGGAGGAGACCUCCUGCUCUCCUGCCCUCCUCCCUCCCCUGGGCUGUGUUUCCAGACCUCCCCAUCCCCUCUGUGUCUGUAUUUCACAGCGUGCCUCGAGGCUGGAGUAACCUGACCUCUCCCCACCUCUCGGCAUGUUUAGGUGCAAUAAACCCCCAAACCCAGAGAAUGUCAGUGGCUCUUAACCUUUUCCUAAAGGAAAGAAAAGAUGGGAUACGGAAGAGAAGAACCCAGAAAAGCCACUAUUUCCAGAGCUAGCUAAGAGGCCCCUGUAACAUUAUAUAAUUUUACUUUUUAUUUCGCAACAGGGCUGUCUAAUGUGAAAGGUCAGGGAGAUUUCUAUUGAUUGGCUACUUGAUAUGUAGCUUUUGGAAAAAUGUGAAAGUCAUUAAAAAAACAAAAGCCCUUUCAAGCAAAGGUUGGCCAUUGUAAAGCAGGCACGGAAUGAGGAAUAGGAUAUUUACAAAGCCAUCAAUCCUCAUUCUUGCCUUGUAUCAGAUGGCCAGACUUCCACCUGUACCUGCUAGUUUAUUGUAGAAUCUGCCAGCAGUGUAGCCAAAUUUUGAAUUAGGAGCAUUAAAAGAUUAUUUUCCUGAAGUUCCUCUUUUUGCUGAUGAUGGGCGGUGCCUAAGAUAGGUAGGCAGCAGACUGCAUUCUUGGUCACUUCCUUCUCCCCUUGACAGUGCUGAUUUAUGGCCAGGCCUCAGAAAGUGGCUCAUCAGAGAUCAGUAUUUAGAAGGCAGACCUUGUCGUCACAGUGAGAGACAGACUGUGAGACAGACGCCCAGUCUGUUUUCAGCCAGUUAAAAUCAAAGAACUGUUCACCGAGCAUCCUCCCCCAGAUGCUUGGUGUUCCAGCAGUAGCUCACACCGUUUGUUUAACCAUUACCAAAUCCUUACCAUGCUGCCUUCUGUUAACCCCAUUUAUUACAGGGGUAUGUCCAACAUUGUGGACCGCACAUCCAUACAGCUGGUCCUGAAAAGGUAGUUUGUUGCAGUUAAAUGGUGGUUAUUCAAAAACAACUCAUCUCACAUUCUAAUCAGAGUGAAAAUUUGGCCUGUCUCUGGUGCCUGGGUUUCCAGUAGUUUAAGUAUAGUUGUGCCACUAAAACACAUGAGAACAUGAGUGUGCACUUCAUGCAUUUAAUUUUAUGACAAAAAACAAAGCUAUUUUGCCUGCUCUGGUGUGAUUGGUGGACAUUUUAAGUGCAAUAUUCAUCGUCUUUUUAAAGUUUUACUCUAAUUUUAUUAGAGUAGCAAUACAUACAUGAUUAAGCUCAGCUCCUCAAAAUCACAAUCCUGUUUUAUUUUCAAUAUUUUGCACAUUUAUAUAGUUUUCAAGAAUUUGAAAACCUCUCAUUUUUGCUCUAUUGUAGAAUCACAGAGAUACAAGAUAUAGUAGAAUCACGGAGCACCACAAUGACUUUAAGAGCAGUUGCUUAGGUAAAAUACAUUUAGAUUCAAUGUACCAAUUCCCAAUCUUCUGUUCAGUGCUUACUUGCUUAUGCUUUUAUUCAGUAUUAACAAAGUUGUUCUGGUGAGGAAAUGCAAGCAGCCAUUGUUAUCGUAUUGUCCUCACAGACCCAAUGAGAUUGUGAGUCUUUAAUUGAACUUGUUAAAAUUAAAUUUGUUAAUAUAUAUUUCGGCCAACAGUUUACAAAACUUGUUUUGCAGAAAUGGCUUUGGUAUAAUGGCAGAUUAACACUUAAAAUGCUUAGCAUGAUUGUGUAUUAUUUGGCAGUGGGCUGUGGUAACAUGAUAUUACACAUCUUCUGAAGUUCUGCCUGUUUGAAGAGAAAACUAAUGACAAAGUCACCCCACACCCCAGAGUAGAGAAUCGCAAAAUGAAAAAUCUGGAACUGCCCCUUUUGGGUGAGAUUCAAACUUGAAAUGUUCCUUCUACCUUGGCUUUGCUGGAGUUGUUAUUUCUCCUGUGAUGUAAUGAAUGUAUAUAUUUCUACUGAAGAAGAACUGCGGAGACUAAUCAUACACUUUUUUUUUUUUUGUCCUGUACUUUUUCUUUUUUUAAUGUUUACUAGGAAAAUUUGUAGCAAAAUACUGUACUUGUAUUUCUUGUGAUUUUUGAACCCUUUUCCUUUUUCAGUAUUAGUAGAAUUACAGGCUGUGCUUUUUUAAAAAGAGAAAAUGGUGGAUACCCAUGGUAUCGCACAACUUCACUAUCCUCUCCCGUCACGUGCUUUGUUACUGUACUGUCUGUGGAGAAACCGUGUGCUUUCCCCCCCCCCCCAUGGAAUCUAAGAUGGUAAUCAUGUCUCUUAGUAACUUUGCUGGAAGACACAUUUCAGAACUUGAAUAAGCUAUGUACUCUGAUGUAUAACAAACAUAUUAGGGCAUAAACCAUAGGCUGAAAUAGAUGUAGGCUUAAACACUUUGCUUUGGGCCAUUCAACCCUGGUCUAUGUUUGCGCAGUGUCAUCACAGUUUAACCGCCCCCAUCCACCAGCUAAGCACCUGAUCCAGCCAAGCAGUUUUGUGACAUAGCUUUUUUUUCUCUCAAUUCUGUGUGCUAGUGGUUCGAUUGUAUAUUUACAUGACCAGGGUUGAAGAGUCCUAACUUGAUGAUAUUUGUUGUUCAUCAUACUCCUGUUUAAACCUCUGGUGUACUGCAGAACCUUUGUAAAUCAUUUGAGUUACACUGCAAAGAGGGGCCCAUUUCUGUUCCUAUUCGAAAGAGGAAUCCCCCACUAAUUGUUGCAAAUUCUAUGCCCAUGGAGUCUGUCCAGUUUUGACCUGCUUUCAAUUUUUCUUUUUUAGAGUUAGGUUUAGAGUUGUCUAUACACACUUGUGGGGACUCUGAACCGUCCUUCCAUGGUGCUUUGCAAAUAAAUGUUUUGUAUAGCCUCAUUUUGAAAAUGUGACGGACUCACGAUGAUUCCUCAUUUUUGAUGUACACCAGAGGUCGCAGGCUUUUAUCAGUAAAUCACUUGUUCAAAGUGUACUUUUACAUUUUCGUUUUGUAUUUUCAAAGAUUUUUUUAAAGUAGUUUAUUUUUUUGCUAUCGAUUUAAUAGUUUCACCAUUGAUGCGGGUAGACCUUGAUUGUCUGCCCCUGCUCAAGAAGAUUGAAACACGCUCUGUCGUGAACAGUGUAAAGAGAAACAAAUAGAAAUAAAGAAUGUUAAAAACAAUGUAGACUGUCACACCUAGACGAUGGUAAAACCUUAUGUUACUUUGGGUUGUGCCGCCUGGGCACUUCAAGUGCCUGCAUCAGUACAAAAUAAGAGCACGGCCUUGCUGCUCUUCUGUGUGCAUGUGUGAGCAUGUUAAACACAUGUUGGAAAGAGAGAAGACCUGGCCAGACCCGGGACAGUGAACAGUAGAGAAGUUGCCUAUCUUUGGAGAUCUUUGUGCCUUGUUUGCAUGCAGUGCUGGCUGAUAGGACCUGAGAGUCUAUGUCAGAAUGGGGUUCCAGAUGAAAAUAAUCAGAACUUCCAUGUGAGUCACUGGUGCUGUAUGUUUCUUUUUUGUUCAGGCCAUUACAAUGAAGCUGUGAUUUAAACACGAAAAACCUAAACUCCUAUGUGUUACCAUAGUAACUCCUCAGUGAGUAAUAUCUGCACUUUUUUCUCCCCAUGAGAUAAUUUUUUUCUAUAACUUGGUACGGAACAAUGGGGUUGGCUUUGUACAACUAUAUUGUUUUCAUGUGGACGGGAUUGUAUUUUACAGUUGCUUGUAGAAGAAAAGAAGAAUCUCAUUGUUUCAAUAAAGCUGUUCUAACACCUGA